GAUCCAAGAGCUUCAAUGAAAACCAUACCACAACCACCAUAUCAGAGGCCUCUUAAAUCAGUCAGGCCCCCGAUAAUUCCUACUGAAGAUGAGUAUGAUAAACCAGAAGAGGGUUUGUUUGGUUCCAUAGGGAGGCUUUUCCUCAAUACAGGCACAUCUGUGGUUGAAAUCUUUGGAGGACUAUUUUCGGGUUUUAGGAAAAAGCCACCCCACCAUCAUAUCCAACACCAUUAUCAUCAACCAAAACAUCCAAAUGCUUGGCCUGUGCAAGAGAGCUUUGUGAUUCCAGACGAAGACGAGCCACCAUCAAUAGAACCGAGGGACCCUACUCCAAGAAAAGCCUACCCAUUUAUGACUAAUGAAGUAGAAAAGACCCGCCAUUUCAAGCAAAGCCGGGCCUAUUAUGGUGGAUGGAAUGGUGAUUUUCACCACCAGCAACAGCAACAGCAACAGCAACAGCAGCAGGUGCAGCAACUGCAACAGCAUCAACAGCACCAUCAAAAGCACUACUCAUCCUCCCCUCAGACUUACUAUGAGCAGAACUGUGAGACAAAUGAGAUUGUGUUUGGGGCAGUUCAGGAACAGGAUGGACGGUGCGAAGCUAUGGUAAUCAAGGCUGUUGACUAUGGAGAUCCUAUUUAUAACAAUCAAAAUGUUCGAUCUAGAUAUAACUAUGUGGGUUACUCAUAUGGGUAUUGAUCAUUUGUACCUUCAUAUUAUUAGAUCACUAGGGAGUGUAUAAGCUUUGAAGAUAGGAAUGUGGGAUAUGAAUGUAAUAGCUAUGCAAUGUUACUUUUCAUCUUUUUUCUUUUCUUUCUUUCUUUCAAGAAGAAUGAUGAGUUUCCAAAGUUGUUCUCAGUGUUUUGUAUGCAAAAGGCUCUAGAUCUGCUUCAAG